AUUAUAUGUUGUGCGUCGGUCAAGUCAAGCUUCUGCCGGGAUUGCCCCUAAUUCAAAAUAUCCGCAUAGGCUGGACUGUAUCUGGAGGUUGCACUCGCUCAGAUGUCUCGGACCCCAUAACUGAUUGGCCACCUAUGACAGUAACAGAGAAGCCAGUACUGAAAUUUUUUCGAAGAGUCUUGCUUGGAAAAUCUUCGUACACUAAAGGAUUAAUCUAGUCGAGCUCACUUUCCUCGCUAUUACCUUUCGUUGACCAAGAUGGACUUCUUCGAGCAGAUAAUAAGCUGGAAAAGUCUUCGCUGUAUUUUAAUGACCGUAACCAAAUCUUCGUACCGAAGAAUAGUACUACAACAGUAUAGACAAGGCGAACACCUUAAGGAUUAUGAUGAAACCGACGCUUCCAAAAGGGAUGAAUUGACUAAGGAGCAAACAGCAUUACUACGUAAUGCAUUUAAUGCUUUUGACCCAGAAAAAAAUGGAUAUAUCAACACAGCCAUGGUGGGUACGAUACUUAGCAUGUUGGGACAUCAACUUGAUGAUGCAACUCUUGCUGACAUCAUCGCUGAAGUCGAUGAGGAUGGUUCAGGUCAAAUUGAAUUUGAAGAAUUUACCACACUGGCCGCCCGCUUUCUUGUUGAAGAGGACGCCGAAGCCAUGAUGGCUGAAUUGAAGGAAGCUUUUCGCCUUUACGACAAAGAAGGAAAUGGAUAUAUAACAACUGGUGUUCUUCGUGAAAUUCUGCGCGAACUAGAUGAUAAAUUGACAAAUGACGAUCUGGACAUGAUGAUUGAGGAAAUUGAUUCCGAUGGAUCGGGAACUGUUGAUUUUGAUGAAUUUAUGGAAGUAAUGACUGGUGGCGAUGAUUAAAGGCGUAUUAAAAGAGUACAUCGAAAUAAGUAUUUCAGCUUAAACAAAAUUUUCUAUGCAAUCAAAAUUGUAAAACAUAAGAAAACAUUACAUUAUUAUUUUUAAAAAGUAAAUUGAUCGUAUGAAAUCGUAAAA